AUGGCUGGCUCGUCAAACAAAGGAACCACUAAAAGCCCCGAGAGACAAAAAGGCAAGGCUCCUGCUUCUGGAACGGGUUCUGCUGGCUUCAAUAAUGAGGAUUACAACAUACGUUCACCAGAACGCACCAAGGUCUUGACCCAAAUUAAAGAAUGUAAUCGACAACCAUCCCGUCACUCCUGCCUUCUGGGCUUGUUGUCAGCUCGCCGAUAUGAACCGCCUGGAAGCUAUCGCCAAAUGGGAACAGGAAGCAAUUACUUUCUCCGAGAAUCCGGUCUCUGCCAUAGCAAUGCAAUGGAGUCAGCGAUUCCCGGAUUCAGAAUUCCCAGGAUCAGAGACAGGCUCUGCCGAGAGCGCGAUGAUUACAGAUGCGUCCUGACGAGAAGACCACAUCCUCAGGUGGCCCAUAUAUUCCCCCACUCUGUGCUCGACCCACGCCCGAGAGCUGGUCGAAAUAAAACCUCUAAUGCGAUUCCUGGGUUUUGGCAAUCUUCACGCGUUUUUUGGGACAAGGACCGGGUCAACAAAUGGAAAAAUACGGUCUUUCCAGAUUCUGAGAAUCCUGAGAUUGGUAUUGAACCAUGCUUUAAUCUCAUCUCUCUCUCGCCCGACGCACAUGAUAUGUGGAAUCGGGGGGUGUUCGCACUGAAGCCGCUGAACCUUUCACACGAUCGUAAGAAGCUUACUGUUCAAUUCUUCUGGCAUGUCCCGGGUAAAUACGACAUUGGUAGCCAGAUUGAUUUGCUUACGGAACCCACAUCAUCAGAAGGCUUGGAUUUCGUCGCAGACGGAUACUGUUUGACUCGCGUUGAGAGGGAAGGCUCCCACCCGCGCCUUCGUCACAUUUGUUCUGGAGAGAAGUUCACUUUCGCCACCAACGACCCCACGAACCUGCCCUUACCAAGCGUGGAACUCUUGGACAUGCAAUGGGCUCUCCAACGUCUGAUGGGAAUGUGCAGUGCUGCAGGAUGGCCAAGCUUGGAGGAUGAUGACGGUGUCGAUAGUGACGAUGAUUGGCAUGUUCCGGACGAUACCUAUUCCAAUGCGCACAACUCCUUGAAGAGAGUCCACCAAUGGGUCGGUACUGAAAAGGGUGCCGGUGUCACGCCGGAAAUUUCAAUGCCUAUGCCGAGUCCUUCUAUGACUGAGUGUCCUUAA